AUGUUGUUCCUCUAUCCCAUACCCUAUUUUUUUCUUCUCCUUCUUCCCUUACUUUCUAUUUUCUUCCUUAUCAAAGCUUCAACACCUAAAAAGCAAUCAUCUCCGCCACCCACCACCGCCAUCGGCCUCCCAAGAUCCUACCCUAUAAUAGGUUCAUUCUUGGCCGCGGUUGCUAACCGCAAACGCCAACUCCAAUGGAUUUCGGACAUCCUCCAAGUCUCACCCUCCGCCACCUACGUCCUCCACUCCAUCAUCGGCACUCGACAUGUCUUCACCGCCAACCCCGCCAUCGUCCGACACAUACUCAAGACUCAAUUCCCCAACUACGGCAAGGGAGAUUAUUUAACCGGAACCCUUAAAGACUUCCUGGGCCACAGCAUCCUCAAUGUGGACGGUGAAUCCUGGAAGUUUCAAAGACAACUCGCCAGCCAUGAGUUCAACACCAAGUCUCUGCGCAAGUUCAUCGAGAUUGUCGUGGACACCGAGAUCUCCGACCGCCUCAUCCCUAUCCUCUCCGUAGCUGCGGCAACCGGAACUGUGCUAGACUUCCAGGACAUUCUUCAAAGGUUUUCUUUCGAUAAUAUAUGCCAAAUAGCUUUCGGAUUCGACGCCGCCUACUUGUUGCCCUCUCUUCCACAAACCAAGUUCGCUCAAGCUUUUGAAGAAUGCGUCAAGAUCAGCAGCGACAGGUUCGAUGCAAUAAUCCCGGCCAUGUGGAAAAUUAAGAAGCUGUUGAAUAUUGGGUCGGAGAAGCGAAUGAGAAUCGCAGUCUCAGUAAUUAAAGAAUUCGCCGAGAACAUAAUAAGAAAAAAGAAGAAGGAGCUCAAAGAGAAGGCCUCUCUCGAUUCCGUCGACCUGUUGUCAAGAUUUUUGUGGUCCGGCCACUCGGAUGAAAACUUUGUGACCGACAUAGUCAUAAGCUUCUUACUCGCUGGGCGUGACACUACCUCCUCGGCUUUGACAUGGUAUCUUUGGCUACUCUCCAAGAACCCACACGUUGAAUCCGAGGUUUUGAAGGAAAUCAAAGAGAAAUCUAAAGCGCCUGUCUAUGAAGAAGUCAAAGACAUGGUUUACACUCACGCUUCUCUUUGUGAAAGCAUGCGGUUGUACCCGCCUGUCUCAGAGGACGCGAAGGAGGCUGUGAACGACGACGUUUUGCCGGACGGGACGGUGGUGAAGAAGGGGAUGAGAGUGGCGUACGUACCAUAUGCGAUGGGGAGAUUGGAGACUUUGUGGGGGUCUGACUGGGCGGAGUUCAAGCCUGAGCGGUGGCUGGAGAAGGAGGAGGCGGAGAAUAGGCAGUGGAGGUUCGUGGGGAGGGACGCGUACACGUACCCAGUGUUCCAGGCAGGGCCAAGGAUUUGCUUGGGGAAGGAGAUGGCGUUCUUGCAAAUGAAGAGGGUGGUUGCGGGGGUUCUCAGGCGGUUCAAGGUGGUUUCGGCGGUGGAGGAAGGCGUGGAGCCAGUGUUUGUUCCACAAUUGACUUCCAAAAUGAAAGGUGGGUUUCCGGUGAGGAUUGUAGAGAGGGAUGCAUGA